CGGCAGGCGGCGGCGGCGGGAGCGCGCGGGCGACGAGCGGAGUCCAAAGCUGCCCGGCGUCCGAGGCUGGCGAGCGGGGGAGCGCGGGGCGUGCGGACAAAGAGGGCGCCGCGCUGAGAGCAGCGUCUGACAUGGAUGUUACAUGAGCCACUUUGAGAGCUGCACACAAGUAUGCGUGUCACUGCUGCAUUUCCUUUGGUGAACUAGAGGAAGAUGGAUGAGUCGGCCCUGCUGGAUCUGCUGGAGUGCCCUGUGUGCCUGGAGCGGCUGGAUGCCUCUGCCAAGGUCUUACCUUGCCAGCACACGUUCUGUAAACGCUGUUUGCUGGGCAUCGUCGGUUCCCGGAAUGAACUCAGAUGUCCCGAGUGCCGGACUCUGGUUGGCUCGGGUGUGGAGCAGCUUCCGAGCAACAUCCUGCUGGUCAGACUUCUGGACGGCAUCAAGCAGCGGCCGUGGAAGCCCGGCCCCGUGGGGGGCAGUGGCACCAACUGCACCAGCGCCUUGAGGGCUCAGAGUAGUGCUGUGGUCACCUGCAGCCCUAAAGAUGGCCCGAGCUCGCAGGGUGGACCCCAGCCGCGGGCGCAAGCCUGGAGCCCCCCGGUGAGGGGAAUACCUCAGUUACCAUGUGCCAAAGCAUUAUACAACUACGAAGGCAAGGAGCCCGGGGACCUAAAGUUCAGCAAAGGCGACAUCAUUGUCCUGCGGCGACAGGUGGAUGAGAACUGGUACCACGGAGAGGUUGGCGGCGUCCACGGCUUCUUCCCCACCAACUUCGUGCAGAUCAUCAAACCGUUACCUCAGCCCCCGCCUCAGUGCAAAGCACUUUAUGACUUUGAAGUUAAAGACAAGGAAGCUGACAAAGAUUGCCUUCCGUUUGCAAAGGAUGACGUUCUAACCGUGAUCCGCAGAGUGGAUGAAAACUGGGCUGAAGGCAUGCUGGCAGACAAAAUAGGAAUAUUCCCAAUUUCAUAUGUUGAGUUUAACUCGGCAGCCAAGCAGCUGAUCGAGUGGGACCAGCCCCCCGGGCCAGGUGUUGUGGCUGGGGAGGGCGCCCUGGCCACCACCCCGAGCAGCACGGCCCCCAAACAGCCAGACGGCAAGAAGAACACCAAGAAGCGGCACUCGUUCACCUCGCUGAGCAUGGCCAGCAAGGCGUCGCAGGCCGCCCAGCAGCGCCACUCCAUGGAGAUCAGCCCCCCGGUCCUCAUCAGCUCCAGCAACCCCGCAGCCGCGGCGCGCAUCGGCGAGCUGGCCGGGCUCUCCUGCAGCGCACCCUCUCAGGUUCACAUAAGUACCACUGGCUUGAUUGUGACCCCACCCCCCAGCAGCCCCGUGACCACCGGCCCCUCAUUCACGUUCCCGGCGGAGGCCCCUUACCCAGCCGCCCUGGCAACUCUGAAUCCUCCUCUCCCCCCGCCCCCUCUCCAGGCGGCCACCCCCACGGGCACUGCUGUAGCUGCUGCUGCCGGGAUGGGCCCCAGGCCCACAGCUGGACCCACUGACCAGACCACACACCCGCGGACACAGCCCCGCCCCAGCGUGUAUGUUGCCAUUUAUCCUUACACUCCCCGAAAAGAGGAUGAGCUGGAGCUGAGGAAGGGAGAGAUGUUUCUCGUGUUCGAGCGCUGCCAGGACGGCUGGUUCAAGGGGACGUCCAUGCACACCAGCAAGAUUGGGGUUUUUCCUGGCAAUUACGUGGCCCCCGUCACGAGGGCCGUGACCAGUGCUUCCCAAGGCAAAGUCCCCAUGCUGACGACUGGCCCAGCGAGUCGCGGGGGAGUCCCAGCCAACCCUCCCCCUGCAGGCGGGCCUGCCCAGAAGCCCCCGGGGAACGGCGUGGCUGGCUGUCCCGGGGUCCCCACAGCCGUGGUGUCGGCAGCUCACGUCCAGACGAGCCCCCAGGCUAAGGUCCUGCUGCACGUGUCCGGACAGAUGACUGUCAACCAGGCCCGGAGCGCUGCAAGGACAGUCUCAGCGCACAGCCAGGAGCGUCCCACGGCAGCCGUGACACCCAUCCAGGUUCAGAGCACCCCGGGGCAGUCCCACCACCCCCUGGCGUCGCCACAGCCCCCUGCCCCACUGGGCCCCCCUGCCCACGCGGCUGCCAGCGGCCUGGGCCGGGUCGGAGGCCCCCUGGCCUGCGCCACAGCCCCAGCGAGCAUCCCUGCCGCCUCCCUGGAGCCCGAGCCCAGCGGCCGCCCUCUGACCCUGCUCCCGGGGACACCCACCUCUCCUGACAGCGGCUCGGCAGCCAGGCCAGACAAGGACGGCAAGAAAGAGAAAAAGGGGCUGUUGAAGCUGCUGUCCGGGGCCUCCACCAAGCGCAAGCCGCGGGGAUCACCGCCGGCCUCACCCACGCUGGAUGCUGAGCUGGGGGCCGAGCUGUCCUGCGGGUCCCCGGGGCCCCCCUGCGCCUGCCCUGGGCCCUGCGAUGGGGACGCCGUGGCCCCCGGCCCCCAGCGCAGGGCCUGCUCCCUGGACUCGGCCCCAGUGGCGCCACCCCCCCGGCAACCCUGCUCGUCCCUGGGCCCCACAGCCAGUGAGGUGCGGCCCACCGUGUGCGAGAGGCACCGGGUGGUGGUCUCCUACCCACCGCAGAGCGAGGCAGAGCUGGAGCUCAAGGAGGGCGACAUCGUGUUCGUGCACAAGAAGCGGGAGGACGGCUGGUUCAAGGGCACGCUGCAGCGGAACGGGAAGACGGGGCUCUUCCCCGGGAGCUUCGUGGAGAACAUCUGAGGGGCCGCCGGGCCGGACCGCAUCUGUCUCCACAGCCCUCCGACGGCCCGCGGGCACUUCGCCCCUUGCCUUGGUCACCUGCCGCCUGCCUUGAGCUGUCUGAUACACUCCACAAAGGAACCUAGCUGAGAUGGACAACUGUUUACAAGGCUUAACUAAUUUAUUUGCUUUUUUAAACUUGAAUUUUUCCUGUAAUAGAUGAAUUCUUUGGAUUAUGAUUUUGAGAAGUUAUUAAUUUAUGAAACAGUAGCCAAUGAGAGGCUGGG